GCACGACUCGUGGGUGUGGUGGUGAAGAUGAUGGAAUGUGCCCCCCCGGGGGAAUGCUAGGUAUCCACGCGAACAUCAUCAUCAUCAGAGACAUCGUCAGAUCGUGAAGACAAGUGACAUCGAGUAAGGGAGGGGUCCGUGUGUUGAUUAUGACUGCACUGCAACGGCGGCUAUGCCGCUUGCAACGAAAAAGAAGCACGGGGGAGAGAAUGUCGCGGAUCAAAGAAGCAAGCACCCUCAACCUUAAUCGCGGGUGUUGAUUUCCACCAUCACCGCCAUCAAUCGCCCUACCUUCGCGAUUACCCUUCAAUUACGCCCCACAACCGUCAAACUUGCAGCAUGACGAUACCGGAGACUUCAUUCUUCUUCUUCUUCUUCCUCUUCCUCUUCACCACCCUCAUCAUCCAUUCCCCUUCAUCUCUACAACCCCGAUAGAAAACAACACUCCCAUUCGCCUACAGCUGCAGCACAAUGAACGCCGAACCCCCCAUCUCCUCUCCGCGCCUGUCGAUGGCCUCCACCCUCGAAUCAGCCAUCCACAGAUGCGACUCAACGAGCAGCGACGACCUGCUCGAGCGCAAGCGUUAUACCCCGCUCUCGAAGAAGGUGCACCUCCAUUCCCCUCUUUCCACUCUCCAGCCCAUAUUCCAGCCCCCCUCCCAACGAUGCAUGCAUCUCGUUUGCUCUGUGUUACAUACCCUAAACCCACCUACGGUCCUACAUACGGCGGCCUCUAAAAAAAGAACCGUCGCGAAUUCGUCGUUCGAGCCUCCUCUAGCUCUUUUUCCCUUUUUCCCUUUUUCCCUUUUUCCCUUUUUCCCUUUUUCCCCUUCUCGCUUUCUCGCAAAGUCAAGUUCGCUAACGUCAAUCCGGGGGCUCGAUCCCGAGUCCCGCCCCGUCUCGGCCCAACUACUACUUGUUCUUCAUCGCCGGCCUUUUCCUCCCAGGGAUUCCCUAGCUAUACGCCAUCGUCGUGUUUCUCGUCUUGCGUCCGCGUCCACGGACGGCACCCGCCGCCGAAGAAGACCUCGAGAAACAAUCCCCCACCAGCACCACCGCCGAAGGAACGGAGAAUGAGGAGGGGAGGGUGAGGGGGAGAGGAAGAGGGAGAGGGAGAGGGAGAGGGAGAGGGAGAGGGAGAGG